AUGGAUUCAACAUUACCGGAGUAUACCACCUCUUCAGAAACACUUCCCACCUACACAUCCUCGAUAAACUUUUAUGGAUUGGCCUUGUUGAAGACCGAGUUUUUGACUCCGUACCAAUACAACAACGGCAACAGAUCUUGGAAACCAGUACUUUUACACAUGAACUCAACUCAGUUAAACAUGUACAAUAUCAAUGGUGAAAAAAAACUACAGGACUUGCUCAUCAACUUGUAUUUCGAAUUAAACAACUUGAAUCAGUUAACUAUAGACGUCAACACUGAGUACAAGAAAAAUAAUGGAAUGGAUUUCAAUUUAAACCAAGUUGACUUGAAUGAUAUCUUUUCUGGUGAUGCUUAUGGUGGUCUUGAAGGAAACAAGUCAAUGUUUAGUGAAUCCAAGUUUGGAAAGUUAAAGAACAAGUUCAAGACGCAGAAGAAUCACAAGAUACUUUCCACCAUUACCAACUACUAUGAUAUAUUAAAAGACAAUCAAUUACUUUUCGAACCAACUAGCGGCGACAUCAAAGGCACCACAUUUGAAAAACUCAAAGGCUCAUUACUCCACUCAUAUUCACUAGCUCAUUUACAAGUUGGUGAAGCACCAUCAUUGAACCAAUUGAUUUCCGCCAUGUACAAAGAAGAUCAUUCAUCAUCGACGUCAAACAUAUCAUCAUUGGUCAAGUACAAAAACUCGCUUCGGCUAAGAAUUGAAUACAAACAAGUAUUGCUUCAAUUUUGGUCAUUUCAUGGAAUGAUUAGCUGGUUCAGAAACUUGUCCAUUGGUAGAGAUUUGAGCUUGCCAUUGGAAUUGAGGACUGUUUCCAAGCUCAAGUCCAUACCUUCAAGAUAUAGCAGCAGAAACAAUGCUUUGCUUGCUGCCACUGCUGCUGCUGCUAGUUAUGGUAGAGGAAGACAUCAUAGUACAGAAGCCGCUGCCGCUAGUGACGAGCAUGCAAUGUUUAGAGCUAGCCAAUUAACUCACAAGGAGCUUGAUUCGGAUGUGAUUAGUACCGAUGGUGAGGACGAGUCAAUCUUUGACAAUGUACAACAACAAGUAAGAAGAGAAUCAGCAACAUCCUCAAUAACAUCCUCCGAUGACACUGGUUACGUCACAAUCAAUGAUUUCAAGUUUGUGUCCAGAGAAAAUGAAUAUACAACGGUUGAGAAACAAUACAUUUCAAACUGUGUCCCCGACUUGAACUCUUUUGAUAAAUGGAACGGCAGGUUAAUCACAAUAAGCAAUGCUGAAUUUUUUGUCAGAGAUGAAAGAAAUUACAAAAACAAAGAUGAUGUCUUUAUAAGCUAUAGUGCAUUGGGUGAUUUAGUUCAACUGUAUGAUCGAAAAUUUUCCAAUUUGCAUCAACCGGACAAGAUCAGUUCCACAAGAACAUUUCUUAUUCACCAAAGCGGAUUGGUUGGCAUUGCGCAGGAAUGUUGA